AUGCAAUGCAUCUGCGGCCCAGUACCGCACACCGGCGGCGGAGGCAGAGCCAUGACUCACGGCUCCCCCCUCUCUGGGGCCAGGACUCACGGCUCCCCCCUCUCUGGGGCCAGGACUCACGGCUCACCCCUCUCUGGGGCCAGGACUCACGGCUCACCCCUCUCUGGGGCCAGGACUCACGGCUCCCCCCUCUUUGGGGCCAGGACUCACGGCUCCCCCUCUCUGGGGCCAGGACUCACGGCUCCCCCCUCCCUGGGGCCAGGACUCACGGCUCCCCCCUCUUUGGGGCCAGGACUCACGGCUCCCCCCUCUCUGGGGCCAGGACUCACGGCUCCCCCCUCACCCCUCUUUGGGGCCAGGACUCACGGCUCCCCCCUCUCUCUGGGGCCAGGACUCACGGCUCCCCCCUCCCUGGGGCCAGGACUCACGGCUCCCCCCUCUCUGGGGCCAGGACUCUUCUGA